UGCAGCCCGCAAUACAGAAGUGUAUGGGGCAGUGGAUGUAAAUAAACCGUGUACUGUAUCCAUACUUUACUUAUUCCCACCCCCUUUUGCCCAAGAGACGGGGCUUGGAUAAUGAUCGGGGUAAAAAGAUUAGUGGGGCCACUGAAAAUUAAACUGAUAACGUCUGAAAUCUGAUAACGUAAGGGGCCUUCUGAAAAUCUCAUUCAUCUUGAGGAAUCGUAAAGUCCUCGUAGCGGCACGACAGAAGACACCGCAAGAAAAAGGAAGGAGAGAAAGAGAGAGAGAGAGAAGGGUGAGGACCGGGAGCGCUGGAGAGCUCGUCGCCGGCUUCCGGACAUUCGGGGCGGCAUUAAAAUCGCAAACAUCGCUCCUGGAGGGAAGGAAAACCAGAUAUCUUCAGCACUGGACUAAAAUUUCUGGAAGAAGCAGCUUUUGAUUCAGCGAUGUCCAGGAAAGUCCAGAGAAGCGAGGUGUGCGCCGACUGCAGUGCACCAGACCCGGGCUGGAGCAGUAUAAACCGAGGGGUCCUGAUCUGCGAUGAGUGCUGUUCUGUACACCGGAGCCUGGGCCGUCACAUUUCCAUCGUCAAACACCUGAGACACAGCGGCUGGCCUCCUUCCUUACUGCAGAUGGUGCAGACCCUGGCCAGUAACGGCGCUAACUCGAUCUGGGAACACUCUCUGCUGGAUCCAGCACAAGUUCAGAGCGGCCGCAGGAAACCAAACCCACAAGAUAAAGUCCACCCCACAAAGUCAGAGUUCAUUCGCGCCAAGUACCAGAUGUUAGCCUUUGUCCAUAAGUUGCCCUGCCGUGAUGACGACGGAGUCACUACUAAGGACCUUAGCAAGCAACUGCACUCAAGUGUGCGGACAGGAAGUCUGGAGACAUGUUUACGGCUGCUGUCACUGGGGGCACAAGCCAACUUCUUCCACCCGGAAAAGGGCACAACCCCUCUCCAUGUGGCUGCCAAAGCGGGACAGGUUCUCCAGGCUGAGCUGCUGGUUGUGUAUGGAGCAGAUCCGGGAGCUCCAGAUAUCAAUGGCCGAACACCCAUAGACUAUGCACGGCAAGCGGGUCACGUAGAGCUGGCAGAACGCUUGGUGGAGUGUCAGUAUGAGCUCACGGACAGACUGGCCUUCUACCUGUGUGGACGUCGCCCUGAUCAUAAGAAUGGUCAUUAUAUCAUCCCUCAGAUGGCGGACAGAGCUCGCCCUAAGUGCCCGACGCAGAGCCUGGACCUCUCUGAACUGGCCAAGGCAGCCAAGAAGAAGCUUCAAGCGUUAAAUAACCGUUUGUUCGAGGAGCUGGCUAUGGACGUGUAUGAUGAAGUGGACCGUAGAGAGAAUGAUGCAGUGUGGCUGACAACUCAGAACCACAGUACGUUGGUGACCGAACGGAGCGCCGUCCCAUUCUUACCUGUCAACCCUGAAUACUCAGCGACACGCAACCAGGGGCGGCAGAAAUUGGCUCGCUUCAACGCGCGGGAAUUCGCCACCCUCAUUAUCGACAUCCUCAGUGACGCCAAGCGACGGCAACAUGGAAAAGGCCUGACGAGCCCCACAGACCCGCUGGAUCUGAGUCAGGCGGACGAUGACCAGCAUGAUUAUGACAGCGUAGCGUCUGAUGAAGACACAGACAGCGAACUGACCGCACAGAAUAACAACAACACUCAACGCAAUAACCGGGCCAAGAGUAUGGACUCGUCAGAUCUGUCAGAUGGACCAAUCACACUACAGGAGUAUCUGGAGGUGAAGAAAGCACUGGCUUCCUCAGAGGCUAAAGUUCAGCAGCUCAUGAAGGUCAACAAUAACCUGAGUGAGGAGCUGCGGAGGCUGCAGAAGGAGAUCUCGCGGAUGCAGACGGAGAACAGCGCGCUGCGGGGGGCCCAGGCUGGGUCGGGGGUCGCCGUCACUGGAGGUGGUGUCCCAGGACUCUGGCCUGAUAGAGUAAGGGGUAUGGGUGGUGGAGGAGGGCUAGGAGGAGACUCCAGCCUAAUUGCACCCUCAUCCACCCCCCACCGCCGGGAUAGGCAGGCUUUCUCUAUGUAUGAGCCCGUGGGCAUCACCUCGAAAGCCCUCAGCCCAGCUCUGGACCCCCUGACUUGCCGCCUGCAGCCUCUCAGCCCUGUGCGAAAGGGCGCUCCGGCGGGUCCAACCCCAUACGGAGGAGCGCACCUGUCAGCCUCCACUGACGGACGUUAUAAUCAUCCAAAAGCAGGAGAGAAGUACGGGAGUGGGACUGAUAGCGACUAUGACAACUCUCAAACAUAUGACGUCUCUAUUGGUGUGGGCCGCAGCAGUGAGGAGGACAGCAGGGGGGAUGUAGACGACACAGAGGGUGAUCCUGACCCCACACUGCCCUGCACAGAGGACGUCAUCCUUAAAACUGAACAGGUCACCAAAAACAUCCAGGAACUCCUGAGAGCUGCGCAAGAGUUCAAACAUGACAGUUUUGUGCCAUGCUCAGAGAAAAUCCACUUAGCUGUGACAGAAAUGGCCUCGCUGUUUCCCAAGAGACCAGCGCUGGAUGCAGUACGUUCUUCCUUGAAGCUCCUGGCAGCAAGUGCAUCCAGAUUGCAGGUGGAGUGUCGUAAAGCAGCGCCUUCAGACUCGUCGGCCAGUACAGUGGACUACCAGCUUCUUACCCAGCAGGUCAUCCAGUGCGCAUACGACAUUGCCAAAGCCGCCAAGCAGCUGGUCACCAUCACCACCCGUGAAAAAAAGCAGUGACCCGCCCGGCACACUGGGCUCCAUUGGGCAGGGGACAAGACUGAGAAAUGGGAGCAGACACUGAGUAAAAACUGACGGCUGGGAAUCGUUGGUCAGGUAGAUGAAAAAAGUGCUAUGAUGGAGCGAAGAUGGAGUGAUGAAUCCAGCUCUGGGCAUCUGGCUGCAGAGAUGUGGAACAUUUGGAAGAAGCCGAAUGGAGCGGCCUGCUUUUCCUUGCACUCCUUUUCUUAUAUGAACAUGUCUGAACACACUACACAACAGAGGAUUGAUGAUCAGUGAGCGCAUGGGCGGCUGCUGUUUGGUUCACAAGCACUCCUAACCUACAGAGAACCAGAAAUGUUCAUUUGUUUUCAGUUUUCCAUCUCCCUUUCGAUUGAUUUUUGUGUUUUUAAAGUGCCGCUCCAUUGACUUGUUUCUCUUGGGACAAAUGUAUUGACUUGCAAAACAACACACUGGAGUUAUUUUAAUGAUUAUGACUUCUGUUUCAUAUUAUUGUUACUAUUAUUGAUGUCUUCUUUUGAUUUUUUUUUUGUCACAGAGCUUUGCGAACAUUAACGGGGUGAACAGUAACCUGUGAAAACUAACCAGAACACUCCCGUCCUCCAGUGAUAGAAGCACUGGUUCACUCACACAGUGUUUUACUACAUUAUUUUAUUUUAAUCAAGGUGUGUUGAACACUAGCCAAAGGAGCAGAGGGGAGUGAAGACACUACAGUUGCGGAUUCCUCUGUUUGUUUGUUUUUUUUGUUGUCUUCGAGCACAAAGACAGAGGUUAGGGUUGAUGUACAAAAACGGGGGCUCGUCCGGGAUACGUCUCGGCUUUUCUCAUCUCAUCUCAUCUCAUCUCAUCUCAAUCCCUAUGUUAGUGGGUUUUGGUAUCAGAACAAUGCAAAUGUGUUAGCACAAUCAUCACAGUAGCUCGUUAGUUUAGGACAAAACCACCCAUUUCGAACACGAUGUCUUGAUUAUCUGCACAUGAUUGACUUAAUCGAAUGGCCUUCAUCAGUUUAGCAGAGACUCUCAAGGACCAGGCUUUUUGUGUGUGUGUGUUUGUGGUUGGUUGUCCAUUUGAGAAUAUUUGAUUUUGGUUUUAUGCCAUUCUUUAUUUUUCAUGUUUUUAAUUUAGCAUACAUCUAAUGUUUAUUAAUGUAAGAAGACCCUUAUUGUGUUUCAUAAGCUACAAUCAUGUGAAUGUUGAUGGUUGAAGAUGACCACUAUCAAUGUUCUCAUUACUAACAUUUCAGAUACAGUCACAGGGAAAAAUACGGGAUGUCCAUCUGCUGCGUCAGGACCAGUGAAGUCACAUUCUGUGGUGGUAGACGGGGCAAUCAGGGUCUCGUUUUUGUUGAAUUGGGGGAAAUGAGCACCUCGCUUUAUGGAUGUUCGUGGGAGAGGAGUUAAACUGGAGCUUUCAGGAUGAACGCACACGUACAUGAACGUUUCUCCACCUGAGGCUUGAUGCCACAUCUGUGGUGCGAGCGUGAUCAAAUCAAGUAUUUGUUGUACAGUUACUUUACAUUUUUAGAUGUCAUGCUAUGAGCCUUAAACUUCCUUUUUUUUCCAUAUUGGUUUUACCCACCAGCCUUUUAAGUUAAGCCAUUUUUUUUCAUUCUUGCCUUUUGUUUCUUGAACUUGGGGAAUGGGAUAUUCUUAGUGUCCCUGAAAACGUGUCAAAAAGAUUGUCUGAUCAUUGCCUUUGCACAUCUGCUAGACUGACUUUAAUCCGCAAUCAAGUGACUGGCGUCUCUCUCUUUCACACUAGAAGCACAUGGUGAGUAAAAUCAGUGUAUGCAUUGUUUUUUUUUCCUUCUAGAUUUUUAAUUUCCCACUAAAUAUGUCACUGUUAGAUGGUUUACUGUAAUGAUGCCUUGGGAGAAAGAGUUUGGGCCAUUAUUUAAAAAAAGCACUAAAUUCAGAGCGGAUUAUGGGAAAGGGAGUAAUUGCACACACUAUGUCCAACUCUGAUUCCUUUCGAAGUAGUUUGUAGGCAGAUGCAUACAUUGUUCUGCUGCAGAUGCAUACAUUGUUCACGUAACGCACCAGUGGAUUUAUUUUUAAACCGACUAAUUGACACUAUUCUGUGAUCAGUCAUACUAGCUGCACCUACCUGUUAUGACUGUUCUUUGUCACUCAGUUGUUCUUACAUGAGGGAUCAGCUGAUGGGAGAAAUUCGUUUAGCAGAGGCUACCUGUAAAAUAUAGAAAUUAAAUAAAAGACUAAGCAAAACCAUUUAAAUCGUAAUAAAGACUCAUAAGCUGUACAUUUGUAAUAAACAAAACAAAAAGUU